AUGUCAACCUAUCUGCCUGAAGAAAUUGUGCUAAAUAUUCUCACCCUCCUGCCCCCAAAAACCCUACUCCGAUUCAGGUGCGUUUGCCGAAGCUGGCGUACUACUCUCAUCGGAAAUCCUGAUUUCUUUACCCAAAACAUCCUUAACCAAUCCAUUCUCCGAUUCUCCGAUCGUCCUUCUCCUCUCCUUCUCGACGAAGCCGACAAUGGAGGAUCAAACGAUUAUUUCAAGAAGGAUUUUUACUUCCUCUCUGACCAGACCCUGGAGUGCCAAUCUCAAAUUAUUCUCAAGGGAAGACCUCUCUUUCGAUUUACGCUUGUGGCGUCCUGUAAUGGUUUACUCUGUCUUUCCGACGACAUUCUCCACAUAAUCUAUCUGUGGAACCCCGCCACGUCAAACACUCCCAGGUGUCUCCCGCUCAACCCGCGCCACCCGCGCCGGCAGAUUGGUAUGUUACUGAUUCCCUCUGACUUACAGCAGGACACCGUCGGAUUCGGUUUCGACCGGAGAUCCAACGACUUCAAGGUGCUGACGAUUAGUCAUGUUCGUAGACGUAUUGGCUACAACACUUGUUACUUCAACCAUCCAGUUCACUUCCAACCGGAAGUAUAUAGCCUGAGCACCGGGACGUGGAGACUGCUUGACCUACGCGUGCCGUUUGAGCAAACUCAACUCCGGCGGCUUCAGCCCUUUCUAAACUUUCCCACCACUGCGGCGGAUGGGAUUUUUUUCUGGUGGGCGGUGGUAAAUCGUCGCUCUCAUAAUCAUAAAGAUAAUGAGAAAAUUGUUGCCUUCGACUUCAAUCACGAGUUGUUCCGAACAACGCCGCUCCCGGACGGUGCAGAUUCCACAUAUUACUCCUACUUUGAUUGUACGGUGCUAAAUGGGUCUCUCACCAUUAUGGGUUUCCGAAGCAGUGGAUUGGUGAUAUGGGUUUUGUUUGAAUUUGGUGUGAAGGAGUCGUGGACUAAACUCAUGAAUCUUCGGCUCUCAAUAGAAAAUCCAGGAAGGCCAUUGGGUUUGUCGAAAAACAGAGAGUUGAUUAUACAGAAUGCGAAGGGGCAGCUGAUUUUGUACAAUCUUUUUACCCACACAGAGAAGGAACUUGUUUCAACUCAUCGGAACAGCCCACCAUUACCGGUUUUUCCUUUACAAGCUUUUCCCUAA